AUCAACUGCCACCACAAGCUGAGCGAGGGAAAGACAUAACUGCGUUUAAGAAGAUUAGUUACAUAGAAGACGUUUUACCGUUUAGAGAAAUAGACACUAAAUCGCGCUAACGGUAAACAAAUACAAAACAAUUAAGAACAUUUGAGUGCGAUUCUGAAGUGAUAACAAUUUAUAUACUAAUCCUCUAAUCACUGAUGGAUGACUCGAGAAAAAUUUAAAAAAAAAAUUUUUUAAAUCUUCAUUAUUUUAUUUAAUUAAUUUCUAUCAAAAAAUAUGAGAUUUUUUAAAGAUUUAAAUCAAUCGGAAAAGUUGGAAUUUUUCAAUUCGUUCGAUUUAGUUUUUUGCGAUUGCGAUGGCGUUAUAUGGCAGAAUUUACAUGACGCUUUACCUGGUUCGGCGGACGCAGUUAACCAUUUGAUUAAACUGGGUAAAAAGAUUGCCUUCGUUACAAACAACAGCUUGAUACCGAGUGAACUACAAUUGGAAAAAUUUUCCAAAAUUAACAUCAAUAUUGAGAAGCAUCAUUUAAUACAUCCCGCCCAGUCUAUAGCCGAUUACUUGGAAUCUCUAAAAUUCAAUGGUUUAAUUUUAUGUUUUGGUUCACCUGCAUUUAAAGCUUAUUUACAGGAUCGCGGCUUUCAGCUAGUUCAAGGAUGCGACGGCUUGGUGGGCAAUUCCAUAAUAGAAUUACGCAACGCAAUUUACAGUACAGAUGUAGUAAAAGCUGUAGUAAUAGAUGUGGAAUUUAAUUGCACAGCUUGGAAAUUGAUGAGAGCACAAAUGCAUUUAAAAGAUCCGGAAUGCUUAUUCAUAGCUGGCGCAGCAGAUCCCAAAGUGCCUUUUGGUGGCCACGAUUUUAUAGGUCCAGGAGCUUUCAUACAAGUUCUAGAAGACGCCACGGAACGUAAAUCGAUAGUUUUGGGAAAACCUGGUUCUGGUCUAAGAGAUAUAUUGCUACAGAAAUUUAAUAUACAGCACAAAAAUCGUGUUCUAUUUAUCGGUGAUAGUCUGAAGAGCGAUGUACAAUUUGGAAAGAUGUGUGGCUUUCAGACAAUGUUAGUAUUAACAGGUGCCACGAAACUACGGGAUUUGGAGCAGUUCGCACACCAACACGAGGAGACUGGCCCAGAUAUCGUUGCAGAGUCUCUUAAAGAUAUAAUUCAUUUAGUUUGAUUUCUUUUUGUAUUUUUUUUUU